UUCUGCGCGCUCACACGCUGCUGCGGAGAGAGCUUGUGAUGGGAGUAGUACUACGCGCACGUAGGACUAAGAAGUGGACUCACCUUUGUCAUUGCAUCAACUAAAACCGAAUGUAGGGUAUCAUUUAUUUGUUUACAGAGGAGGAAAUGAUCAACAAAUAUUUUUUAACAACCCACUGAAGUUGUUGGAUCUGUCCGUUUCGCCAGGAUUACAGCGAUGGAAGAGGAGCGCACAACUUUGCCCAUAAUGCCUCCACGGAAUCUUCUCUACCGACAGUCUUAUGGAAUAUAGUCCUGUAUUUCACAAUUUACAUGUUGUGUCAUCAUCCCCCGUGAAAAAUAAACUCUUUGUUUUAUCCAUCAUGCUGUCACUGUGGGUUUACAUGAUAUACUGCUGUGUUGGCUACUGUUCAACAAUGCCAAAUGUAAUGGUCGGUUCUGUGACUAAACAUGAACAAUUCGAAGUGGAGAACGGAGUAGACGUGGAAUUUGAUCUUAAAGAUGUAGGGAUGUCCAGAGACUUACUGAAUAAUGAAAAUGAUUUAGACAGCAGAGGAGAAGACUGGGAUGAAAUUAGAAGUGAGCAGAGGACGGUGGAAAAUAAUGCCAUGUCAAGUAUCUUCAAUGAGUCGGAAAGUAAAAAGUUGCCCCAGGCAAUUAUCAUCGGGGUGAAGAAGGGAGGCACGCGGGCGCUGCUGGAGUUUCUCCGCGUGCAUCCAGACAUCAGAGCUGUGGGAGCCGAGCCUCACUUCUUUGACCGGAACUACGACAAGGGACUGGAGUGGUACAGGGAUCUGAUGCCUAAAACGCUGGAGGGCCAAAUCACCAUGGAGAAAACCCCCAGUUACUUCGUCACAAAGGAGGUUCCCGCUCGGAUCCACGCCAUGUCAAAGGACACCAAGUUGAUCGUGGUGGUCCGGGACCCGGUCACACGGGCCAUCUCCGACUACACUCAGACCCGCUCCAAGAAGCCCGACAUCCCCUCCUUCGAGAGCCUGACCUUCAAGAACGUGACGGCGGGUCUCAUAGACACCUCGUGGAGCGCCGUGCAGAUCGGCAUGUAUGCCAAGCACCUGGAGCGCUGGCUGCGCUACUUCCCCAUGGAGCAGCUGCUGUUUGUGAGCGGAGAGAGUCUGAUCAGUGACCCGGCGGGUGAGAUGGGCCACGUGCAGGACUUCUUGGGGAUACGGAGGGUGGUCACGAACAAGCACUUCCACUUCAACCCCACCAAGGGCUUCCCUUGCCUCAAGAGGCCCGAGGGGAAUAGCAAGCCUCACUGCCUGGGCAAAACCAAAGGCCGGACCCACCCCAACAUUGACCCAGAUGUAGUGCAGAGGCUAAGGGACUUCUAUAGACCCUUUAAUAGGAAGUUUUACCAGAGGACUGGACAUGACUUUGGCUGGGACUGAGAGAUAACUUUAGCUUUUUCUGUCAUGGUGUUUUUUCGGUCAUUUUAACACAAUGGAGAUAUCGUUGAACAGUGUAUAGUAUACGGUGUUUGUGUAAAAAGUACAGAAUUCUAUUUUAUGAUAAUUUAUUUCUAUGAUAUUAACUCACUAUGCUGCCUACAUUCAUGAUCUAUUCAAAUAUGUUUUGUUCAUUUCACUUUAACUAUUCACAGGCUUAUUUACUCAUUUAAGUUAUCUUGAUAUCGUCCCCUCCAAAUAUUAGAGUUCUCAAAUGUUUUUAAGAAGCACAAUGUACUCUGUUACGGGUAUUACAAGCAGGGUCAAAUAUUGUAUUUUCCAGAAUAAUACUGUACAUAUCUCUUGACUUCACAAUGCUGCUCUAGCUUUGUUCAACGUUAACUAAGUUUGGAGGAGACAAAUAGAUGGUGAUUCACCCAUCCCAUCUGCUUGACCUCUGAAGGUCCACAGGCCCACUUAAGGGGGUCGAUACAGGCCUAAACUGAUCCAGAACCACUUGCCAGGUAAAUCAAUACUCUCACGUCCUCAUCAUGUCACUUAGCUCUGAAUAAUGGCACAGUUCAGGAUUUGGGGGGGGAUGCACGCAAUAGAAUAAAAAUCCAUCAAAGAGUGAAUUACAGUUAACAUACUAUUGUACAUUCACGUUAUAACCUGGAAGACAUUUCCUAUGGAAGAGAAUCUAUUCAUUUGUAAAUUAGAUAGGUUUUACAUUCUUGUUGAGUAGUUGUUUAUGAUGAAACUCAUACAGUAUCAUGUUGUCAGCCGUGUGGUCUGUGGCCUGCCCAGGUUUUGAAGAUGCAGUAUAGCAAGUGUUUUUGACAAACUACAAACCUUUUUGAAAAACAUGGUGGGCAAAGCUUUAAUCCUUACAAGCUUAUGUUUCAGUUUCACAACCCCUUUAUCUGCAUGGACAGAUGGACACAUUGUGUUGUGUGUGGUCUGUAGCUGUCAGUAAGCUGUUGAAACAGGCAAGGUCACACUUGUAGUUAAUGAUAGCCACAACCCUAACUAUGGAUCUCCAUGCAAAAUUGUCUUUUAAGACAUCAAAAAGAACCUCAGACUAUGAGUUAUAUAGUUUUGAAUAUUUGAUUGUCAAGGAUGCAGUUAGCCCAGUUAUUGUUUUGUUUCUUGGGAACUCAGUGUGAUAGUCCUACUUACGUUGUGGUGGAAGGAGAUCUCCAAAGCUUAGUUCUUUCAGGGCUCUCAAUUCUUAGGUUGGUCGAUGUAUGGUUGAGUUUUAUUCAACUGUGCUGUGCUGACACAGACAUUGUUCAUGUUUUUUUACACCAGAAGUCAGAUGAUGUAUUGCAAGUCUUCAAAUGUAAAUACAGUGCAUAUGCUAAGUUACCAUAUGUUUUCUUUUACAAAGAUGAUAAUGAAAGUCAUGUGACUGGGGACUGGAGUAUGGAACAGACAUUGUUAUAUCUUUGAAGUCAAAUAAAUAUAUUUUC